CUUGAAGCAUGCGUAGUAAGACUAUUGCAAAUGGCGGAUUCUGUUAUUGUUCCAUGGCGAACGUCAAGGGAAUAAAAUCAUGCCCGAAAAGCUACCAUUUCGAGAUAUGGAAGGGGAGGACUUAGCAACUACAGUCCUCACCUGUGAGGGAGAUAUCAGAGACCCUUUAUUCCAUUCCAAGUUAGAGAUUCUUGUGAACAAGUUGCAAAAUCUCAUCUCUGAUGAGGAAAAUCCUAUCAAAGUAACCAAAGUUGAGCCGUGGAAUAGUGUUCGAGUAACUUUCAACAUCCCUCUGGAAGCUGCACAGCGUCUUAGGCAAUUAGCUGAGAGAGGUGACAGAGUGUUACGAGAACUUGGAAUCCUUUCAGUGCAAAUUGAAGGAGACCAAGUAAUCACAUUAACACUAGCCAGUCAGUACAGUGAACCCCAAGAAAUUGUGCUGAGGAAAACAUCUGAUGAGCAGGGAGAUGUUGCGAGUGUCUCUUUUAAUUUACCUAAUUCUGAACCUGUGCCUGGCCCUAGUUCGGCUGAACCAGCUCAUAAAAAUAUUACUCAGUUCCUUGGACAUAUUGUUGGCGGAGCCACGGCUGCUGCUUCUGCUGUGGGCUCUUCUACAAGGUUGGAGAAGGUAUCUUCUCCACAACCAGACACUUCAAUUAGUUUCCGUUCACCAAAUGUCAUAGCGCCAUCAAGCACUGAACCUAUACCAUUUCCACCUGCAGCUGUUAUUACAACAGCAGCUGUUGUUCCAAGUUCAUCAAAAGUUUCUCCAAAUGUUUCUGUAAAAUCUUCAGCUGGGUUUGGGCCAUUUCCUUUUGCUAGUAUGACUCAUGCAAUGAAUACUAAAAAUAGUGCAACAAGUCCUCAAUAUCAGCCUGUACUUCUACAAGGGGGAAACCCAAGAAUUUCUUUUACUUCUUCUGCAGCCCAGUUAUCUACUGCUAUACUAAAUUCUUCAUGUAGUGCUGUUACUGCAACCUCAACUGUUUCAUCAAAAGCUUCUAACCCUGCAUUGCAAAAAGUACCCCGAACUAUAGCUAAUUCUACUUUUAACAAUGUUGUGUCUCGAACUGUCCCACCUAAUGCAAUAGCGUCUACUUCUAGGGCUAAUGUAGCUCUAUCAAGUCCUCUAUUAGUAAAUUUGCUUCAAAGUGAAGCUUCAAACUUACAGCAAAAUAAUAAAUUGAUGCCUCCUCCUUCUCAAGCCUCUAAUCAACCUCCUAAACGCAAGAGGAAGCCUCGAAAAUCAAAAGAUAAAUUAAUAGAAGAUGGAAACGUAUCAUCACCAAAUUUUUCUGCUUCUCCUUCACCGCCAUCUUUUCAAUCACAUGUGGGAGUUAGGUCACCUGGAGGAUUUGAUCCUCUUAGUGUUCUUGGCCAGCCACUUAGUGUGCCUAUAAGUAAUUUAUCCAUCUCACCUCCCUCUACUCAAAUUGCAAAUAUUCACCCAUUGGCCCAGGGUCAACCUCCUGUUUCUAAUAUAAAACCACAGACUAAUAUACAUCCUCAAGUACAGGGAUUACCACCUGUUUCAUUGCAAUCACAAAUACAAGGGCAACCUAUGGUUUCCACCAACAGGCCUCUCAGUCAUCAAACACUAUCUGCCUUUCGCCAAACUCCAGGGCAUCGGGCAGUGCCAAAUAUCCAUCCACAGGCACAAGGUCAGCCUCAAGUACACACGGGUAAUCUUCCUCUUCACACACAUAUUCCUGUUGGUGCACCUCAAGUAGCUAGACCUCCAACAGGAAGCUUGCAAUCAUAUGCAAUGUCUGCUCCACGUAAUAUACCAAUAAAUCCUUCAAGAUCUUUAUUCAGUGGAAGGGAUUCAUCUUCACUAAUGAAAAUAAUGGACAAAACUAAUAAAGACUCUGGGCCCUUAAAAUGUGAUAAAUCUAGUGCUCCCUCUACUCCUAGCACCUCAACUGAUUCAAACCCUUUCCCAUCACCACCUUCUUCGACCGAUGGUAAAACUAAGCAUUUAAUUAAUCCUGUGACUGGUAAGUUAGAACCAAUGCCAAGUGAUGAAGAAGAGGAAGAAGAAUCCUUAAGUUCUCUACCUCCAUUUCCAGAGUUUGAAAAUGAUACAUCAGAGAAAAGCCAUUCUGAGCGAAGUUUUUCUGAUGGUGGGAAAGACACUAAUCACUCUUCAGACACAGAUUCUGGCAUCAGUAAGUCCAUAACUGAUGCCUCUCAGUCGUCAACUGAUGCUUUAAUUGUUGAUUCUGGGAAGGAUAAGAAAAAUGAAUCAACUGCAAAAGUAGACAGUGUUCCAUCAGCUUCUGUCACAUCUUCUGUACCUGGUGAAAAAAUAAAACUUAGGCUGAAAUUAGACUCUAAAACUAUAAGAGAAUCAAAAGACAAUGAGACAAAGGAGAAACGUGUAAAAGAUUCUAAUCCUCCACUAAAUCAAAAGAUUGAUGUAGCUGUUGUAAGUAUUCCGGGUUUGAAAAAAGGUACAACCACUACAUCUUCAUCUUCUGUUCCCGAGCCUAGAGUGCCUCCUUUACAUAUCUCACUUCGUGGUCCUAAUGCAGCAGUUGUUGUCAGUCCAAGAAAAGAUGAUUCUAAGUCAAGAUACACAUUGAACAAGGAGGACCAUCCUAGUGCAGAAGUUCCCUGUAAGGUUAAUCAGAAGAAAGUUCGCUCUCCUAGAAGUGCUCGGGUGGGAGAUGUAGCAUUGUCAGUAACUGGACGGACUUUAGAUUCACUUGACAGGAAAGUAAAGGGAAAUAAUCCUAAAGAUUUCAAAAAAGUAAAAGAUUUUUGGAAUCAAAGUGUAAAAAGUAUAUCUAUGUCUGGUGGAGGCAUUGUAGAAGUGAGUGAAAAAAUUUCAUCAAAUCGUAUGUCUUCUUACGAUACUUAUAUCUCUGGGACUUCUGUAAGCAAUCCAGUUGUGCAACGCAAGCCAUCAAAUAUUUUUAGUCUUGCUGCACGAGACUCAUGCAAGCCAGAAAUAAUGACUUUGACUUCUUGUUCUACUGGUGAAAGCGUUACCUUACAUACAUUUGCUGGCUCCAAAUCACCACUGCCUUUACAGGUUGCUGCAGUUUCUGAAACUGAAGUAUUGCCUGCUGAUGUUUCUCGAAGUGUAAAUAAGGAUGUGAGCUCAAGUGUAUCAGAUGUAGCAAUGCCAGUUGAAAGGACAGAAAGUGCAGAUUUAGGUAGAGUUAAUAAUCCAUCUGAAGAAAAACUGUGUGAAAUUUCACUUCAUGUAGGAUCAUUAAAAGAUAAUUCAUUUCCAAGUUCCAGAAAAUCACCUCUUAUGCAAAAUAAUUAUCUACCUCAUUCACCCAGUGCACCAGAUGAUAACAAAAACAGUGUACAUAAAAGCAACUGUCCUAGUGAACAGACUCAGUCGCAAUCUGCCAGUAGUUUAGUAUCCACUGUGCCUCUGAGUGUAAACUCAGCCUCUUCACCUACUUGCAAUACAAAUGAAACUGCCUCAGGUUCAAAUGUUCAAAUGCAAGUAAGUGAUUCUACGGAUGCAAACAAACUAUUAAAACCCGAGAGGGUUUCGGCUUAUCCUGAAGAGGAUGUUUCUAGCUCUACAGAUAGCCAAAAACAGUGCAAUACAUAUUCUAUAAAUAAAGAUAUAAUAGAAAAUAUACUUGACAGUGUAAAUGUAAAUAAAAAUGUACAAAGUGACAAAAUUGCUCCUGAAACUAAUUCUAGGGAAGAUAUUAUUACUGUAAAUGAAGUACAAAAUGUUGAUGUAAAUAUAAAUGCUACUGCCAACAAAAAAGAUGUUUUUGGGACUGAACUGAGUGAAGAUGUAAAAAGUGAGCCUUCACUUCCAGUUACUUUGAAAGUACCAUCGAGUGGAGAUGGUGAUAAGUGCAAAAAUAUAUUAUCUAAUCAUUCAGAUUCUUGUGAUUUAUCACUUUCGUGUUUAACACCAGCACCUAAAAAAGAAAUAAAAGACAAUAUUGAUGUGUCUGAUAAAAGUGUAUGUGUUCUUGAUGUAAAAAAUCCUCCAAUUGCGCAGAUAAUCAGUGUUGAUACUUUACCAAUCCAGCCCCAUGUGAUUGAAGUGCCUUCUCUGCAAACCUCACCGGCAGUGCCAAAUAUGUUGGCCAAGUCAGGGCGUGCUACCGAGGUAAAUUCAAUACCUCCUGUUGUUCCAUCAUGUGGCACGUUUUUACCGGCCCGGAAUGUAUUGGUGGUGCAGGAGAAAAGAGACAUCUCAAUUUGUGAAGGCAGGGUUUCUCCAGAUACUAGACUUGCAAAUAUAAUUACAGUGGCCUCUCAUACUGAAAAAUUUCCAAUAUUAUCUUUGCCUUGUAACACUGACAAAAGGGUCAAAUUGUUAAAUCAUAUUAAUAUUGCUGUGCAAGAUCCAUCUUUAAAUGUAAAAGAAAGUCCAUGUCAGAGUUCCUCAGUUGCAUCUAGUGAAGAGUCUAAUGUAGAAUUGGUUGAAGAAGAAAGAAGAAGGUGCAUGCAAUUAUCUGAGGUUCCAACCAGUACUCCAGGUCCUCCGGUCACUGAAUCUUUGACUAUAAGCUCCAGUUCUUUAUCUAAAACAGAAAAUUUAUGUUCUGAUGACAAUAACUCAGCUCCUCCACCUACUGUAAAAGAAGUUUUGAAGAUCUCAAAUAAAGAAAGCAUAUCUCAAAAACCUGCAUCCAAAGAACUUGCAGUUGAUGGUUGUAACAAAGAUGACAAGAAGUCAAAAUCAUUUUCCCCAGUGCUAUUCAAUUCUUCAUUAAAUCCUGAUUCCACUGUGACAUCUGAUGUCCAGGCGCAAACAUCAGCAUCAAGUAUUGUUUCAUCUAGCAAAAUUCUUGUGGAAGAAAAAAGUUCUUGUGUAUCAUCUGAAAGCUCUGUUCCCUUAGUCAGUAUACAAACUUCAAUACAAAAAGAAAAUCAUUCAGAAUCUAAUACAUCUACAGCAACUUCUGAAUCAUCGACAAUACCUUUGGUAACUUUACACAGUUCAGGAUCUUCAUUAGGCAUAGAAAGCAGAACAAUAUCUAUAAAACAAGAAGUUAAAAAGGAAGCCUUGUGUACAGAAUCUGUUCAUGUUGUUAGCACUUCUAGUAAUCCUGUUGUAACAUCUUUGUUAUCUCCUGUUAAGUAUUUACCUUCUGAAGUAAGUAGCCAAAAAUUUAAAUUAAUUUUUAAAGGUGGAGCGCAGAGAUCAACAUUACAAGGCACAAAUUCUCCUACAAGCCUUGUUGUUCCUCUCAAUUCAUCAAAAACUGUUCCCAUUAAGUUAGUGACUUUGCCUGGUGUUGCUUCAGCCCUCUCUGUUCGCUCAACAUCAAAUCCUAAUAUAGUGGAAAUUAUUGGACCCAAAACAGCUUCAUCACAGAAUUCGCCAACUUCAGGUAAUCCUCAUUCAUCGUCACCAGUUCGUUUAGUUGUAUCAAAAGUACCCCCUGGACUUACAUGUACAAAUCAGAGUGGCUCGAUAAACAGAGUUGUUGUUAAAUCUGUUGUUGUUACUGGCACUUCUCCUUCUAUAAAACUUGUUUCAGCUAAUACUUUAUGUACAACAUCUGUUCUAUCUACUUCUUCAGCUUCAACUACCUCAUCUGGUGUGCAGAAUGUAUCAUCUGCUUCAACAUCUAAUUCCACAUCAAGCCACAACUUCAAACUUCCAGCAGAAGACUUGAAGCCUAUGAAUGCUGAAAAUUCAACAGCGCAGUCAGUGGCUGUCAGUUGCACAUCAGAUCGAAAAAUCGUUGGAGUUGAAACAAACAGUUUUCGGGACACUAAGGAAACAUCUGUCUCUCAAAGUUUACUUAAUUCUUCAAGUACAUCGACUGUAAGAUGUUCCUCUUCUGCUGACAGUACAACAAAAGAUGCACUCCCCCCUGAUUCUCCGUGUAAGAUUUCUUCUACUGAUUCAUUGUGCAAACAAGCUGCUAAUGCAGAUUCUUCAACAUUUAAGUUCAGUGUUGCCCCAUACACUACAUCCCAACCAUCAGCUGAUGUCACUGUAAAUGCAAAAAUUACCUCAUCUGAUAACCAUACACCUGUAAAAUUAUCAUCUUUGUGUCCCCUUAGCACUGAUUGUGUGUCUUCUGAAAAUACUGGGAAUUCUGAAAGUAAUCAAUGUGAUAAUGAAGUAGAUUCUAAAAAAUCUGCUGUUGCUGAUACUACCACAGAGCACAUUGCAAGUGAAGUGUCUUCAGUGUUAUGUCCUGAAAAGCCUUUCAGUAAUAAUGAAAUAGGAAGUUCUUCAAAUUGUACAGAAACUGUAGAAAUUACUGACCUUAAUAAUAAACAGAAUAAUAGUUGUGUGAUAGGAACUGAAGCAAAUGAAAGGACUUCUAUCAAUUCUUCAACUAAAUCAGAUGACUCAAUUAAAAGUGAACAAACUGCUGAUAGUGCCAUUACAACUAGCUUGAAUUACAUAUCUAAUGAACUUGAGUCAUCUGAUGUAGCUGACAGUAGUUUAAUUUCUACCCCGCCUUCGUGUUCUGAAAAUUCAGAAAAUGAAGUUAAACUGCAGCAAGAAUCUUUGACUCCUAAUGCUGAUACAAAUGUAGAUAAUUGUGUAGGCAUAGAGGAUCCUUGUGUAAUUGAAAAUGAAGUUACCAUAGCUAGCAACAUUGAAGAAGUUUCAGAAACUUCUGAAGGCAGUGAUUUAGUUCAAAAUAGAGAGCUUGAGUGCAAUGAUGUAUUAGGACAUUCUUUUGGUGUUGAAUCUGCACAGAAUGAUUUGUGUCAGGAUACUGAAGUGGUACUUCAAGCAGAAGACACUGACUCUCUUGAUGCAAAAUGUAAUAAAUUCCGUCCACUGGGUGAUGAAAGUAUUGACAUUGUCGAUGGUGUGGAUUUAGAUGGUGCAAAGGUUGUAGAGGACUCUCAGCUUGAAAUAUCUCUAGUCUAUUCUAAGCCUCUUAAAAGAAAGUGCUCAGAAAAUGCUGCUGAACUUAUUAAGGCCUGCAUGGGUGUUGAGGAUGGCCCUAAAAGGGGAGUUGUGGUGAAAACGAAGUCUUCAGAGGACAUUAUUGAGAAGAUUGAGCAUGAAAAGUUGGAGGAAAAUGUAAGAAUGAGUUUGAGGAUUAGAAGAGAUGAUAGUAUCUUGAAGAAAAGUAAAGGCUCAACACUGAACUCAGAUUGCUCAACCGAUGAAGAUAUAACAUUAAGUGAACUGGUCACCAAAGCACGACCAAGAGAAAAACCAUCUAGAAGUAGAAUCAGCAACAGAGAAAGUCCCAUCGAACCUAACAACUGCAGGCCUGGUAGGCGAAGAUCCGGCUCUAAUGAGUCACAUCACAGCGAAGAGAUCAAAACUCGAACUUCGCGAGAGAACAAGAGGGAGACUAAUAAAAAGGAUGAGCCUUCUAAAAAAAUGCCAGAGCGAACAAAAAGGGGGACAUUUAAAGCCCAAGAUCAAGUUGUCAUGUCCAAGGUUGGUAUACAAAGGAGCAGUCGGAUCAGAGACUCUGAAACGAAGCCUAGUACAUUAAAUAAUAAUAAAGAAGAAAGUGUUUCUUUAGGAGCCAAAAGAAAAACACGUGGUACCACAGAAACACAAGAAAUGUUGGUACAAAUGAAAAGGCGACGCUACUCUAAAGAUGGUCACAGAUAACCCAGAGCUGUAUUGUAAAUAGUCAAUCUGUAAUCUACAUUUCUCCUCUUGUACAUAGCAUCACUGUAAAUACCAAAGUUUGACAUUCACAUGUAUGUGCAUUCAUGUAUAGAGAAUAUAAAAGAGUGGUGGAUUUAACA